CAAGGUAUGGAGCGUGUGGUGGCAACAGUGAGCGGGUACCAUGGCUCGGAGCGGUUCAAUCUCAUCAAGCUGAUUUCACAUGUCGGGGCCAAUUAUGUUGGUGCUAUGUCGAAAUCAAUCACGCACCUGGUGUGUUGGAAGUUUGAAGGAAGGAAAUAUGAUAUUGCCCGAAAGUUCAGAAUACUUAUAGUCAACCACCGAUGGAUUGAAGACUGCAUAAAGGAACGAAGACGUGUCCCUGAGGAUUCUUAUCUCUUGCAAAGUGGACAUGAAGUAGGGCCAUUGUUACUGGAAGUUCCAGUCAGUGUUCAAACAAGUAGCUUGAUAAAGAAUAGAGUGGUUAGCAACAGGUUAUAUGAUAUUAGUUCUGAAAAGCAAAAUACCGACUUCAGUCCCGGAGCUUCUGAAAAUUCUGUUUCGAAAGAUCUUUGUUUAAUGACAAAGCAUGAGGAGUCAAGUUCGUAUUCAUCUAGACUGUCAAGGAAAGGAAAAGAAAAUAAAUUCAAUGGUAAUGGAGCUGGUACUGUGGAUGGACGUUCUCGCAAAGGAAGAAGGCUUGUGAAAAGUAUUGUUGAUAAAGAGGUGUUGGAGCCUUCAAUUUUGGAUUUAAGCCCUGAGAACCACCUUAGCAGAACGGAUAGACUACAUACAGAUGGUGCAGCUACCUCAAGCCUUUCUGGUGGUGUCAAUAAUAAAAAUAUUCUAGAAAAUAGAGAAGGCCCAGAUGCUGGAUUAUAUAAUCAAUGUAGAACUAUCGAUGGAGGUUCAGAUGGCAUUGAACAGAUCAGAGAUUCAACAUUGUUUGUAGAAGAUCCCCUUCCUAUGGCACAAACAUCAAUAGAUUUAUGUUCCAGUGCUGAAGAGUUCACAGUUGGUGAUCACGUUGAUAAUGUUACUAGUUCACCUACUACAAAAGAGUUGUCGUGUGUUAUAUGUUUCACGGAUUUCAGCUCAACAAGGGGGAUUCUACCGUGUGGGCAUCGGUUUUGUUUUCCAUGCAUCCAGACUUGGGUUGAUCAUACGGCUUCAAAGGGAAAAAUAUCAACCUGCCCUUUGUGCAAGGCGAGUUUUAUAAUGAUCAAGAAAAUUGAGCAUGCAGCCACAACUGAUCAAAAAGUAUUCUCCCAGACAAUCCCAUGUGAGAAUUCAGCCUCAGAUAUUUUUAUCCCCAUGGAUAUAGAACUACCUGAUAAUAGCUUUGAGUCCUCACAGGCAGGUGCUUGUGUAGUUUGCCGUGGUCGGGAACCUGAGGAUCUCCUUGAGAGUUGCGAUGUUUGCCGGACUCGAAGAAUCCAUUCAUAUUGCAUGGACCCUCCUUUACGACCCUGGACAUGCACUCACUGCAAAGAACUUCGGAUUCUUUAUCGUAAUCACUCAUAUUAA